GUAGAGCCUAAAGCUACAGAUAAUCUUACCAGAAUGUGUGGACUUGGGAAAAUCUGAAGGAAAUUUAAGACCACAAGACUUCUGUCUGAAAUAUAUCAUAUUUUUCAUUCAAAAAGUGAGUUUCUGAAGAGAUUUUAUUCUGACAUAAUCAUGAUGGAAGCAGAGGAACAACAGCCAUUGAGCACAUUUUACACAGAAUUACCUAAAGUGGAACUUCAUGCCCACUUGAAUGGAUCCAUUAGUUCUAAGACUAUGAAGAAAUUAAUAGCCAAGAAGCCAGGUCUUAAAAUUAACGAUCAUAUGACUGUGAUUGACAAGAGAAAGAAAAGAACUUUAGAUGAAUGUUUCCAGAUGUUUCAGAUUAUUCAUCAGGUUACUACUAGCCCUGAAGAUAUUCUGUUGGUUACAAAAGAUGUCAUUAAAGAAUUUGCAGAUGAUGGUGUCAAGUACCUGGAACUUAGGAGCACACCCAGAAGAGAAAAUGCUACAGGAAUGACUGAAAAGACUUAUGUGGAAUCUGUACUUGAAGGCAUAAAACAAUCCAAAGAAGAAAACUUGGACAUAGAUGUUAGGUAUUUGAUAGCAAUUGAUAGGAGAGGUGGCCCUUCAGUAGCCAAGGAGGCUAUUAAACUUGCACAGGAGUUUUUUCUUUCUGCAGAGGACAUAGUUCUUGGUGUUGACCUCAGUGGUGCCCCUGCUGCAGGACAAGCAAAAGACUUCUUGGAACCUCUUUUAGAAGCCAAAAAAGCAGGCUUAAAGUUGGCGUUACAUCUUUCAGAGAUUCCAAACCAAACCAAAGAAACACAAGCACUCCUGAAUCUUCUUCCUGACAGAAUUGGCCAUGGGACAUUUCUCAACUCCUCUGAGGAAGGAUCUCUGCAACUAGUAGAUUUCGUGAGGCAUCAUCAGAUACCACUGGAACUCUGUUUGACGUCAAACAUAAAAUGUCAGACAGUUCCGUCUUACGAUCAGCAUCAUUUUGGAUUCUGGUAUAGCAUUGGGCAUCCUUCUGUGAUUUGUACAGAUGAUAAGGGCGUUUUUGCAACAAGCCUUUCUCAAGAGUACAAACUGGCAGCUGAAACAUUUCAUUUGACCCAAUCUCAAUUGUGGGAUUUGUCUUAUGAGUCCAUCAACUACAUCUUUGCUUCUGAUGGCACCAAGUCUGAGCUGAAGAAGAAGUGGAAUUAUCUGAAGCCCAAAGUAUUACAUUUUUAACUGUACAGAGAUGAACUACUUGCAAGUAUGAACUGCAACCAAGAUCUUCCUCCAUUUAGUAAACCAUUCAUUGCUCCCUUUGAAACAGCAAGCAUCUUGAGAUCCAUCAACAGCACCUUAUGGCAGGUGCUGAGUAAUUAUGUCUUAAAUUGUCUAAAGAGCUCUGAGGCUUUACAUAGCUUACUCUAUGC